AGGCUCUUCCUUUAAGAAGAUGGCGGCGGGGAGUAAGGGCGGCGGGAAGAAGCGCGACUCGAAGGGCCGCGCGGACUCUGGCUUCCUCGGGCUGCGGCCCACUUCGGUGGAUCCCGCCCUGAGGAGGCGGCGGCGCGGCCCCAGGAACAAGAAGCGCGGCUGGAGGAGGCUCGCCGAGGAGCCGCUCGGCCUAGAGGUAGACCAGUUCCUGGAAGACGUGCGGCUGCAGGAGCGCACCACCGGUGGCUUGUUGGCAGAGGCCCCAAAUGACAAGCUCUUCUUUGUGGAUACUGGAUCCAAGAGGAAAGAACGGAUCAAGAAGAGGACCUGGGUCCAUAAGAAGUCACAGUGUCUCCAGAAACCCCUAUGGGUUGACCUUGCCCUUGAGAAUCAUUCUAAGAUCCCGGCUCCCAAAGACAUCCUCGCACACCAGGUCCCCAACGCCAAGAAGCUCAGGCGAAAGGAGGAGCUAUGGGAGAAACUAGCAAAGCAGGGCGAACUGCCCAGAGAGGUGCGCAAGGCACAGGCGCGACUCCUCAAUCCUCCUGCUCCAAAGGCCAAGGCCGGGCCACAGGAUGUCAUUGAGCGGCCCUUCUAUGACCUCUGGAACUCGAACAACCCUCUGGACAAGCCUUUGGUUGGUCAGGAUGCAUUUUUUCUCGAGCAGACCAAGAAGAAAGGUGUGAGGCGGCCACCACGCCUCCAUGUCAAGCCUUCCCAGGUGCCUGCAGUGGAGGUGACUCCUGCGGGAGCCUCCUACAACCCAACCUUUGAAGAUCACCAGGCCCUGCUUCAAGAGGCCCAUGAGGUAGAGCUGCAGCGAGAGAAAGAGGCGGAAAAGCUGGAGCGACAGCUAGCCCUGCCCCCCACAGAGCAGGCUGCCACCCAGGAGACUGUGUUUCGGGAGAUGUGCGAGGGCCUGCUGGAGGAGUCUGAUGGCGAGGAUGAGCCAGGCUGUGCUGAGCAGCCGGAGGCGGAUGGUGGGGCUGCUGCUGAGCCCUCACCUGAGGGUGCUGCUGGCCCCAACAGGAGGGUGGAAAAGAAGACAGAGCAGCAGCGGCGGCGCGAGAAGGCUGCCCGAAAGCUGCGGGUGCAGCAGGCUGCACUGCGGGCAGCCAGGCUCCAACACCAAGAACUCUUCAGGCUUCGUGGGAUCAAGGCCCAGGUGGCCCAUAGGCUGGCAGAGCUGGCACGGCGGAGGGAGCAACGGCGCAUGCGGCGACUGGCAGACGCUGACAAGCCCCGCAGGCUGGGCAGGCUCAAGUACCAGGAUCCUGACAUUGAUGUACAGCUCAGCUCUGAGCUGUCUGGCUCACUCAGGACGCUGAAGCCAGAAGGUAACAUACUCCGAGACAGAUUCAAGAGCUUCCAGAAGAGAAACAUGAUUGAGCCCCGGGAGCGAGCCAAGUUCAAGCGCAAGUACAAAGUGAAGCUGGUGGAGAAGCGGGCCUUCCGUGAGCUGCAGUUGUAGCUGCAGAUGUCAGAGCCCCGCUCCUCAAUAAAGUGCUGUGACCAGC